CCUACGCACUGAUACUCUACGGUGUGAUCGAUCGACGUCAUGGCGAAGGUGCAGGUGAGGGCGAGGUUCGUAACGGAGGUGGCGCCGCCGCAGCUCGUGUCGGUCGUGCGGCGGAGGAAGGUGCCGAGGAGCCUCGACACGAUCGUCGAGGACGACAGGGAGCUGCAGCAGCUGGCCUACGGCGACCAUCAUCAUCAUCAUCAUCAUCAUCAUCAUCGUCAGGCUACUGCCUCCGCGGCGUCGAUGAAGAGGGCGUUGCCGGCCGGCGCGCGCACUGGCGGUGCCGGGUUCAUGAGGGAGCUCAGCAGCUGCUUCUCCGGCAACGGCGUCCACGGCCAGGCGGGCGGUGGCGGCUGGGAGAGCACGCGCAGCAAAGGGCACGGCCGACGAGCCGUGUUUGCUCACCGGACGCAUGCAAAUUAAGCAAACGAACAAGGCUUGCUGCUGAACUUGGGCGUCCACAUCCAUGUCUGUUACUAGCUCGAUCAAUCUCAUUAGUGUGCCCUUGUCCCGUUCCGAAGACUAAUAGUAGUACUAGUAUGCUAGCAUGCGUAGCUAAGCUUUGAUGUGACUAUGGAUUUUUGACGAUGUUCAUUUAGUGAGAGGAGACCUGUCGAUUAUGAGACGUGUGCAAUAACUUCGUCAAUCUAAAGAAAUAUUGUGUUGGCGCAAUAUUUCAAAGGUGCUCGUUGGAUAGAAUGUUCAUUUGUGUAUUGUAUGGAUGAGUGUAUGCGUGUAUGCAAGCACCUACAUUUGCUCUGUAUUAAAAAAAGAUAGUGGA